AUGUCAACACCACGCGCGGGGCGUGGGGGCGACCGAGUGCGCGGUGCUCGCGGCGGCAACACGGCCAAUCGAGGUAGCAACGGGCGCGGCAGAGGCAACGGCGGCCAGGCGCAAAUCAACAGCGAGCGACCUGCGCAAGGCGUCUAUACCCGCGGCCAGCGUACACCCCGUGGCCCACGAGGCGGCGCAACCACAUACAGUGCUGCCAAUGCGCGUGGACGAGGAGGAGCACACUCGCCGCUGGCGGAUCAAGGAAAUACUGUCACCGAGGAUGCAUACCCGUUCACCAGACAUGGCAUCACCCACUAUGCUAGGAAGAAGGUCGCCCAUGAGCCGUCCGCGGCCUGUUCUGACCUCUGCCCCCCUAGGAACUCCUACACCGCAAACCCCACCGGCGCAAUGAACACCACCCCACAUGCGAUGGGCGACUAUAAGAAGCGUCUCGACCACAUCAAAGCGCAGCGACCGAAACUGCGCGCCCAAUUUGUUCGCGAUGGGCUCAUGAACCCAGAAGGCCAAAUGCGCCUCAGCGACUCGGUCAAGCUAUACGGUAUCUGCACUGACAUGUGCCCCGAAUUCGAGCGCGUGCGACGCAUAGUAGAAGAAGAUGUCAAAGCUCCAGAAUGCACCAUCGAAACUGAGCAUUUACCGCGAAAAGAACGAAUUCCAGACGAGUCGCGCAUGGUCAAGGCAUACUCACGCUCGGCAGCGGGCGCAGAGCAAGAAAUGGUGUCCGACAUUCGAUCACCGGCCACCUGCUUGAAAACCAUCAACUACUUGUACGAGCGCCUGGAUCAUGACGACUUCGACUUUCUUCACCAGUGGCUUUGGGAUCGCACUCGUGCCGUUCGCAAAGAUCUCCGCACCCAGCGCAUCGAGAGCAAGUCCGACAUCAACAUCCUCCUCAACUGCUUGGAACGAAGUGCUCGUUUCUUGCUACUAUCAGCUCAUCACAUGGCGCGGAGUACCAGAGAUGACUAUACCCAUCAACAAGAUAUCGAGCAGCUUAAUCAGACAUUAAUGUCCCUAAAGGAACGCUACGUUGACAACCGCCGAGCCAAUAUUCCCUCCGAAAAUGAGGCGGAAUUUUGGGCCUAUCAACUCAUCUUAGCCCCCAUUUAUACCAACAGCCAGCUCGAAAAUGAAUUGCAUCGCGUUCCAAGCGACAUACGCAAUAACCCGCGGGUCAAGGUCGCCAUUGAGAUAUUUCGAGCACUCAAGUCAGUCCUCAUCACCAGCAACAAAAACAUCAUACAGUGCCAGUCAAACUGGAAACACUUCUGGGAUUUGAUCAAGUCGCCGCGGGUUUCCUAUCUCAUGGCCUGUGCGGCAGAAGUUUCCUUCAACCGUAUGCGACAUGUCGUGUUGGACUCGAUCUGGCGUUCGUAUCGACAAGGUACUUCAAGAGUGCCAAAGUCGAUUGACGGCUGGACACCUAGCCGCCUAAAGGAUGCACUCGGUCUGGACAAUGACUCGGAGGCUGUAAAGCACUGCGAGGCUUAUGGCUUCGUCUUCGAGCGAGCAGAGGCCGGACAUACUUACCUCGACUUCACCCGGAAGGGAUAUCAGAAUCACGUCCUGGGCAUGCCUUCAGCGGAUGCAGAGCUCAAGCCACAAAUCUUCUCCGAUUCAAUUGUAGAAGCGAAACGCCACGAUCGUGCGCUUUCGGCGGUCAUCCAGGGUAUGUCGGUGCAGCAAGCCAGAACGAGGGGUCUGGUCAUGGAUGGAGGCGACAUGCAAGUUGAAGAAGAUUCGGCAGAAGACCCAUCUCUAUUCAUUCCGGAAGCUGCAGAAUCAAGUAGCAGACCAGGUCCAUUUGACAGACAGGCGAAUGGGACUGCAUCCACAUCCUUCAAUCCGACGGCGAAUCCAUUCCUACCUGGAACGCCCUCCUCUAGCUUUUCUGGCGCUGUUCAACCAACUGGUACACCAGCCUCCAGCCCAUUCACGUUUGGAAGGACUACACCCACACCGCAGUCGACACCGGCACCCACGAGUAACGGCGUCCAAUCCGGAUUGUUCGAUGCUUCGAAAAACGCCAUUCACUUCUCCACGCCUGCUGCAGCCAACGGGAGCGCCGUCUCGUCCACAUCUUCCACAACUCCUGCCGCAUCGGGGAACUUAUUCCUGAACGCUUCAAAUGCAUCUACGACACCUGCGGUAAAUCCCUUUGCUGGUUUCCAUGCACAAAAAACCACGGGGUCUGUUGCACCGGCUACUCCUGAAGUUAAACCUGCUUUUACUUCUGCUGGUUUCAAUUUUCAGAAGGCAACCACUACCGGUGCACUUGCUGCAUCUGAAGUCAAACCUGCUUUCACAUCUGCUGGCUUUGGUCUUCAGGAAGCUGGGAGUACUGCUGCACCAACUACACCAGAAGUCAAACCUGCGUUUAACUCAGCCAGCUUUAAUUUCCAAAAGGCUCACUCACAAGAGACAUUGCAGCCUGCAAUUUCAUUCACUUCGACAGGGGCACUAUCCCAAUCAGACACAAUUACACCAGCGCAUGAGUCGCAAAUCGACAAGGAUCAGCGCGAAGCGAUUGAAAAGGCAAGACGUGAGGCCGAGUUGCAGCAGAAACAAGCCGAGGCAAAGGAGGCAACGCAGAACGCAAUACGUCAAAAGCGUGCUGAAGCAGAGGCGGAGCAACAGAGAAAGCAAGCGGAAGCAGCUGCGCAACAGGAAUGUGCAAAACGACAACAAGAGGAGCAGGAGCGGCGGGUCAGGGAAGAACGAGAACGUCACAACAGGGAGGCGCAGCGGCGCCAGGCGCUAGAAGAGCAGGCACGGAUUUCGCAAGCUCGAGAGAAAGAGGCGGCUUGGAAAUCACUGACUAUGGAUGUCAUGUUUGGUUCGUCGGAAGGACUAAUGCUGCAGUUCCUGGAAAACACGACCCGAACUGUUGCCGAAGAAGCCAUGGACGAAGUUCAGAAGGAAAGGAUGGAUUGGAAGGGAGAGCAGCUAUACAGGGAAUACCAGUUGGGGCUUAUGAGGUCUGCUUUGGCUAAGAUUGUCAAAUAUGUCGAGAAGAAGAAGAAGAUGAAUCAGGCCAGGGAGAGGAGGCGACGAUUGAAGGCUCACCGCAUGCAAGUGGCUCAGAUACAAGAAGAAGUCGAGACUGCCAGUGGCGAAGGAGGGCCAGUGACAGCACCCAAGCCAUUGGCCAAUGAAUCAGUCUUACACCCACCGGUUCUAGCGCAGGACACGAGACGUACUCAGCCUGCCGAGGAACGUCGUGGAGGCCGGCAACAGAACGGCACUGCCAAUGGCGCGAUCACGAAGUCGAAUGCUUCCCAACGAAAGGGAUCCGACAGCUCCACCACGCAGAUCAACGGCGCGCAAACAAAGUCUGCAGUGCAAAAGGCAGUCACUUCAUCUACCCAGAGUAACAAGAAUGCUUCAGUCAACGGAUACUCGAAAUCCUAUCAUCAAUCCACUGCCCCCAUCGAUCGCACAGAGACCGACUGGUUCGCCUUGCGAGCAAUGGGUAUUGACCCCAGCAAGCACCGCAAACGUAGUUUUGGUUCUCCGUCUUCUGACGACGAUGCGCCUCUUCAAAUAGAGCCGAAGCGCGCCAAACUCUCUCCCGAGGAGGGUGGCAAAAACCUAACUUCUCAGCCGCAAGAGCCAGAGCCGCAGCCGCAGCAGUCGAUGUCACUAGUGGAGAGUCAGCGCGCACACCUUAGGGCCAUACAAGAGAAAUUCCGUAAGAGUGCUUCCGGUGAUCGUGGAAAUUGGGAGCAGUCUGUCAGUGGACAGUCGAUUGGUAGUAUGAACAGUGUGAGGACUACCAAGGACAGGAGGGAGAGCGAUGUCAUUGCUCGAGCGAGGAAGCUCGUCGCGUCCACCUCUCAUUCCACGUGCGUUUCCCCUGCUGCCUCUGUAAACGGAAAAAACACCAUCCACGACUUUGGAAGAAGCGUGCCCAACCUCGGAUCAUCACUCUCGGCAUCAACAUCAUUCGCCUUCCGGUCCAGCCUCGUGAACGCGAACCCUGUCUUCGAUCGUCCCAACGCCCCGGCCUACUGGCAUCGCACUUCCCGCUUCGUCCCCCGAGAAUGCUACGGUAAGGGACCGGAAGCCAUUCGAGAGUAUAGGGAGAAGUGGGGUCUCAACGGUUCCCUUUCUUCCAGUGCCACGAGUACACCGCGUCCGCUGAGUAUGGAGCCUGCACAGCAGCAGCAGCAGUCUCAGUUCCUAGGCAGCUCUGUACCCGAGACGCAGAUGCAGAUGCAAUCACUGUCACCGACCGUGUCGCAGUACGACGCUGAAGAAUAUCUCCGUGAAAGUGCUGGGUGGAGGAGAGGCGAGUCGUCGUAUGUUCCGGAAAUCAAUGGAGAGCAGAAUGCGUGGGGACAUGGGAAUGCGGAGUUGGAUGCAUACAUGUACGAUGAAGGUGACGGCGAGGAUGAAGAUGAUGAUGGGCAAGAAGAAGAAGAAGAAGAAUCCAAUGAGGACGAGGAGGUUGAGGAUUAUGAUGAGGAUGACGAGGAUGACGAGGAUGACGAAGAGCAAGACGAAUCCGAACCCGAGUCCGAAUCCGAAUCAGAUUCUGCACUCCACCACCCCGCCCAGCAACCCCAAGUCCCUUCCACAUGGGCCGGCACAACCCAAGACGACGCCAUUGAGCUCUCCGACUGA